AUGGCGACGGUGAUGGCAGCGUCGAUGACCGAGCGCGCGGUCCUGGAAGAGGAGUUUCGCUGGCUGCUGCACGAUGAGGUGCACGCAGUGCUCAAGCAGCUGCAGGACAUCCUCAAGGAAGCCGCUCUCCGCUUCACGCUAUCGGGAACAGGCACUGAGGGACCAGCCAAGCAAGAAAGCUUUGUCUUGGGCAGCUGCAGCACAGACCAGGUGAAGGGCGUGCUGACUCUGCAGGGGGAUGCGCUGAGCCAGGCGGAUGUGAACUUGAAGAUGCCCCGACACAGCCAGCUUCUGCACUUUGCCUUCCGAGAGGACAAGCAGUGGAAGCUGCAGCAGAUCCAGGACACCCGGAACCAUGUGAGCCAGGCCAUUUACCUCCUCACCAACCGGGAUGAGAACUACCAGUUCAAGACAGGAGCUGAGGUCCUCAAGCUGAUGGAUGCUGUGAUGUUGCAGCUGACAAGAGCUCGGAACCGGCUCACCACACCAGCCACCCUCACCCUGCCUGAGCUGGCUGCCAGUGGGCUCACGCGGAUGUUUGCCCCUUCCCUGCCCUCGGACCUACUGGUGAACGUGUACAUCAACCUUAACAAGCUAUGUCUGACAGUGUACCAGCUGCACACCCUGCAGCCGAACUCCGCCAAGAAUUUCCGUCCCUCUGGAGGUGCUGUACUGCACAGCCCAGGAGCCAUGUUUGAAUGGGGCUCCCAGCGGCUGGAGGUGAGUCACGUGUACAAAGUGGAAUGUGUGAUCCCCUGGCUCAAUGACGCACUGGUCUUCUUCACUGUCUGUCUGCAGCUUUGUCAGCAGCUCAAGGACAAGGUCUCCGUGUUCUCCAGCUACUGGAGUUACAGACCCUUCUGA